UCACUGUAUUUCAAUUAUUCUCUUAAUAAGACCAGACAAAUUCCAACUUCCAACACCACACAUAAAUAUAAUGGCAAUAAUGUUCAGAUAUUCUACGUUGUUUACUCUACUGAGUGUUGUGGUCAGUUUUGAUCAAGUGUUAUUAGUGAAGGGAAAUGAGGUGGUGGUUGACAUGGGGAUGGCGCCGGCGCCGGCUCCGGCGAUAGGAGGUAUGGUGCCGGCCAUGUUUAUAUUUGGAGACUCGCUCAUUGACAAUGGAAACAACAACAAUCUAUUCUCACUAGCUAAGGCCAACUAUCCCCCUUAUGGAAUCGACUUCAAGAAGGGUCCUACCGGCCGCUUCUCAAACGGUUACACCAUCGUUGACGAAAUUGGGGAACUGCUUGGAUUACCAUUUGCUCCGCCGUACUCGGAUUCUCCCAGCAUAGACCAAAUGCGUUAUGGAGUAAACUACGCCUCAGCCGCUGCUGGCAUUCUUGAUAUCACCGGGGAACACUUCGUGGAGCGCGUUCCGUUCAACGAACAAAUCACAAAUUUUGCGAAUACAAUAGACGCACUGUCGGGCAAUUUAAGCGCGGAUGUGGUGAAAGCGGACAUACCGAAUUGCAUCAUGUUUGUGGGGAUGGGUAGCAACGACUACCUCAACAACUACUUUCUCCCUGGUUACCCAACAAGUAUGAUGUACAAUCCUCAACAAUUUGCUGAUCUUUUGAUUCAGCAAUACACCCAACAACUCACUAGACUGUACAGUCUUGGAGCAAGGAAGUUUGUACUGGCUGCGGUUGGACAGAUGGGAUGCAUCCCAACAAUGCUGGCCAGAACUGAAAAUGGGAAGUGCUUAGAUGAAGUGAACCAAGCAGUUGUCCCAUUCAAUGCCAACAUGAAGCAGAUGAUCGACAACUUCAAGUCCACUCUCCCCGACGCCAAGUUUGUCUUUCUAGACACCCAAAACAUGUUCCGAAACAUCAUCGCCAACUCCAAAACAUACGGGUUUAGUGUGAUCGAUCGCGGUUGUUGUGGGGUUGGGAAGAUGAAUGGGGAAGUGACAUGUCUUCCAUAUGAACAGCCAUGUGAUGACAGAGAACAGUACAUAUUUUGGGAUGCAUAUCACCCCACAUCUGCUGUCAAUAUAAUACUUGGGAAGAUGUCUUUCAAUGGAGGCCCUGAUGUUGUGUACCCCAUGAACAUUCAGCAGCUUGCCAAGACUGAAACGAUGGUGGCAGUUUGGGGCCACUACAAGAAAUGGUCUGCAUUGCAACGGCCAAAUCCGUUGCAAUAUUCGUCGUAUUCCGUUGCUAAUGGACACUUGCAAUGGAAAUUUCGUUGCAAACAAAGACUCGCUUCUUCCAAUCUCCAAUGCCAAUGGCAGAGUCCCCAGCCCCUCGAGAAAAUCUCGCCUUCUCUAGCCGAUGCACUCGUCCACUACGCCACCGCAAACAGGACCCCCCAACAAACCUUUCAGGAAAUCUCAUUCACCAAAACCGUCCUCCAGAACAGGUCCCCUUGCAACUUCCUUGUCUUUGGGCUUGGAUUUGACAGCUUGCUGUGGAAGUGCCUAAAUCACAACGGCCGAACCGUGUUCCUGGAGGAGGACAAAGACUGGAUCGAGCGCGUGAACGCGAUGAGGCUUUCCCUAGAGAUCUACCAUGUCAAGUACGACACCCGCGUCGAGGAAGCAGUAGAGUUGUUGAGUGUAGGUAAGACAGACGAAGAGUGCAAGAAGGUAAGGGAUCCGAGACAUUCGAAAUGCCGAUUGGCACUCAAGAAUUUGCCCGAGGAUGUUUACGAGGCGAAUUGGGAUGUGAUCAUGGUGGACGCGCCGAAGAGCUGGACAAAGGAUUUGCCUGGGAGAAUGGGUGUGAUCUACACGGUUGGGGUGAUGGCGAAGAACAGAGAAGCUGGUGCCAAAACUGACAUCUUUGUGCACGAUGCUGAGAGGUGGGUGGACAACAAGUUCUCGAGAGCGUUUCUUUGUGAGGCGUAUAUUAAGGAACAAGUUGGGGUACUGAGGCACUUCGUUGUCCCUAGUCACAAGACUGCAGGUUCCAAUGUAUUGCCCUUUUGCCCAUAGUAUCCACCUAAUUACCUCUUCACAUCUUCCCAAGGCAUCCAUCACAAAAGAAUUUCCCCAUACCCUGCAAAAGAAGCACAUUACCAUUAUUAUGGGUGUCCUUUAAUUUGUUUGUUCUCUUUACACUUAAGUCAUUGUGUUUCUUUCUUUUUUUUUUUUGAGAAAAUUACUAUUUAUAGAAUUAAAAGUUAGUCUUUUUU